AUGCCUAAAGUGUAUAGUUUCAGGGCUUUUCUUCAAGUUAAAUAUGGUGACCGUGAAAUUUUCACCGAUUGUUCCAUCAAUAACAAAAGUAUCUCUAAAAUCAAGCUUUUCGGAAUUGUACGAGUAUCGUGGACUUAUCGAUUAAGGAAGAAGAUGAAAAUUGGAUUGUGUUGGAAAUCCGCCAGGCGAAUGUCAUUUGUGUCGUCUACUCGGUUACAGACGAGUCCACUGUUGAUGGAAUUCAAACAAAGUGGCUACCCUUGAUUCGCCAGUCCUUCGGAGAGUACCAUAAGACUCCGGUCAUUUUGGUAGGCAACAAAUCAGAUGGGACUGCAAAUAAUACUGAUAAGAUUCUCCCCAUAAUGGAGGCAAACACCGAAGUCGAAACUUGCGUUGAAUGCUCGGCUCGCACGAUGAAAAACGUCUCAGAAAUCUUCUACUACGCCCAGAAAGCUGUGAUCUACCCAACAAGGCCAUUAUACGAUGCAGACACCAAACAACUGACAGAUCGCGCCAGAAAAGCACUGAUUCGAGUCUUCAAAAUUUGCGAUCGAGACAACGAUGGAUGUCUUUCUCCGAGUGAACUUCAGAAUCUCUUCUCACUUUUGAUUGCUUAUCCCUCGUUUUUCCGUUAUUGUCCGUCCAAUUUUGACUGAUUUCCGAUCACUUCGGCACGUAAAAGUCCGCGAAAUUGGAGAUUUUCACUAAAUUUUAUAUAAAGGAGGAGAAGCGGACCUAAAACUGCACGAAUUUGCACGAAAAAAUGACAAUUCAAUAAAAAUAUAAUUCCAGGUCGUGCUGGGAAUACACUCGACUCGAUCAGAGUGACUCGUGAACGGAAGAAGGAUCUAGAAAACCAUGGAACCGACCGAAAAGUCUUCCAAUGCCUGGUAGUCGGAGCCAAGGACGCUGGAAAAACAGUCUUCAUGCAAUCCCUAGCAGGACGUGGAAUGGCUGAUGUAGCACAAAUAGGACGUCGUCAUUCUCCAUUCGUUAUCAAUCGUGUCCGAGUGAAAGAGGAGAGCAAGUACCUGCUUCUGCGUGAAGUUGAUGUUCUCUCACCACAAGAUGCGCUGGGGUCCGGCGAGACGUCGGCGGCCGUCGUCGCUUUCCUCUAUGAUGUCUCGAAUUCAUUCGCGUUCUGCGCCACAGUUUAUCAGAAAUAUUUCUAUAGAACAAAAACGCCGUGUGUCAUGAUUGCCACAAAAGUUGAACGGGAAGAAGUUGACCAGCGUUGGGAAGUGCCGCCGGAGGAAUUCUGUAGACAAUUUGAGCUCCCGAAACCAAUCAAGUUCUCGACGGGCAAUAUUGGUCAAUCCUCUUCACCGAUCUUCGAGCAGCUCGCCAUGAUGGCAGUUUAUCCACAUCUCCGUCGUGUUUUCUACCUCAACGACUCGAAUCUUCUCUCCAAAAUCACAUUCGGCGCUGCCAUAGUAGCUCUAGCUGGUUUGCAACACCAGUCUCUCGCCGUCUAGGA